GAAACUUACAGUUUAUGAAAAGCAAGUAGCUUUCAUCGAAAUUGAACACACAACCUAUUGCAGGCCAGUGUUGGGAACAUGAGUAUUCAAUAGAUUCAUAAAUAUGCAAAGAAACAAAAAUAUCACGUGAUCAAAUGACGUUUCCAAUAUGGCCGCCCCCUGAAAUUAAUUUUUUUUUUCUUCUCUAGUUUAUUUUUGUCCUAUGCCUCAAUAUGGCGUCUGCUUUUCCGGAGGACAGUCAGAUGGAUGAUGUCUUUGAUGAAGAAACGGGAGAGGACAUGGUCCGCACCAGAGACUUUGAGAGGAUGAAAGAAACGCGUGUAAAACAAGGCUUCCGAGACGGGAUGUCAGAUGGACGACUGACGUCUCUCCAGGAGGGGUUCAAUAGGGGUUACAGUGAGGGGGUCGGUCAGACUCUGCAGCUUGCCAGACUCAGGGGGCUGCUAUGUGGUCUUCUUACUUACCACAUGGCAAAGGAAGGCACCACAGUUUUCAGUGAUCAGGUUGUGAGUGCAAUAGAGCUGCUGAUCACGGAGCUGUCCUCCGUGGAGAACACAGGGUUAGACUCGCAAUCCCAUGGUGCAUCAGCCACCAACCUGUCCAUGGCAGACGACCUGGCCCUGGAGAUGGAGAUGAUGCAGCUCCAAACCAACCAAUCAGGAGAGAGCUCUGGUCUGACAGGAUUAUCUCCCGAACAGGAGCAGAGGAGGAGGCAGGAGAUCGUGUUUCUGUCAUUUCAAAGAAGAUGUGCAGAGAUCUUGAGAGCCAUUGGAUGGGAAGAUGGCUUGAUUGAACAAAUUCUCACGCUUCAAAUUCCUCAAUAAAUGGUACAACCAGAGACACAGUAAGCUAAGUGACAAAGCACAGAUGUUUUCAUCUAUCAAUGAAGAAAUAAAUUUGCUUCCAAAAAAUUUUGCAGUAAAGUAAAGCUGAAACCUUAUUUAUUAUAUAAAACUGCUUUCAAGGGCAGCAAUGUUGAGAAGUCUUUGCCUUUAGGCUCUCAUGUUUAGCUAGAUAUGCUACUAGUAUUUAUUGCAAACUCAUGUGCAAAAAAAGCUGUUUGCUUAACAAUUAUAAGACAGUAUGGGUUAUUUCCAGUAAGCAAAGGAAGUACUACAAAUGUUAAACGAUGAUUGGAAAGUAAUCAUAUAAAAUCUACUUCUACAUUGUGAGCAAUGCAUUGUGUAUACAUGUUGCACGAUUCUUGCAUGCAGUUAACAUGUAACUGUACACUUGUUCAAUAGAAAAAGAUUCACAGUUUGUAUGAUAUAUAUAUUUAAUGAAAAAGUGUACAAUUAAAGGUUAUCAAAAUGCAA